AUGUUCUUCAAGUCGCUGGAUCUGACUACUGCGCUCAGACCCUUGCUGUUACCCGAUGAGAUUCUUCUCUUUGUCCAGGACGCGGUGGGGUUGUAUGAAGGGAAAUACAAAAUCCAGAAUUAUCAAAAUGGCCAUGCCUAUCUCACAUCCCACAGAGUGUGCUAUGUUGCGGCUGAGGACCCGCGGAAGUACUCAGUGGCUAUUGAUUUGAAAGAAAUCGAUCGAGUGGAGUCUCAGGCUGGCUUCUUGAAGUCAUCUCCGAAGCUCACUAUAUACCCGAAACCGCAGAAGAAGACGAUCGAUAAGUCGAGGAGCGCAACAACCAGCCCGGCUGUAGCCCAGCAAUCGGCCCUUCAUCCAACGCAGUCACUUUCUCACCUCCCACAAACCAACCUCCCACAAAGCUUACCAUCUCCAAAGCCAAUCAAUGCCACUUGGAUCUGUCCCAUAUGCUCAUUCUCCAACCCAAUUCCGUCCAAUUUCGACACCACAACGGCUAGUGCGGCUACAAAUUUACCUCCUUGUCUAGCAUGUGGCAUCAAACCACCAUUUACGACCGUUCUCAAAGCAGCGAUCAGUGCUGUAACAAGCCGGGAGUCUUCAUUGCUGAGUUCAGUUGCAUCACCAGCCAUUGCACAAGAUACAGGCCAACCAAAUGCCAAUGCGUCUCUAUCGCCUUUUGGGCCCGGGGGAACUGUCUCUUGCCCACGAUGUACCUUUGUGAACCAUCCGUCUCUCGUGGAAUGCGAGAUUUGUGGAGCGCCUCUAUCUACUAGCUCCUCAGCGAGCGCCAAUCGUGUGGACUCUCCUGCGCCGUUAUUUGAGCAAUCGCACAUCGCGAACACGGAAGUUCGUGAGAGCAUUAAGCUUUCAUUUCGUGCAGGUGGCGAUAAGACGUUCCAUGAAAGACUUAAGGGGGCCUUGGUUCAAAGAAAAUGGCUAUUGCAAAAUGCGCCCCCAGUGCCUUCACCGUCGCAAGGCGCCUCCUCGCUGGGCUUACCUUCCCCUGCCGCCAGCGUCGAAAGCCCUCUACCCUCAGUACCACGACCUUCUGGGGUUGGUAUCGCGGGAUUAGAACGCCGAGGGCUGGAAGCCCGGAGGAAAAACGAGCUGGUCAUAGGGAACGCCUUUGAAGACCUGGAGGCUUUAAUGGCCUCUGCCAAGCAGAUCGUUGCGCUGGCUGAGACUCUAGCGCGUGAGUCUGGCAUGACUACUAAUGAAGGCUCUCCAGAAACUAGCGCGGUGCUAUCUGAGUCCGCUGCGGCUCUCGGGAUGGUAACAACCAAAGACAUGCUCAGUUCCGGAUCUGAAAGUCUAUAUUUAUCAGAACUUGCGCGUGACUUGGCCGAGUAUCUCACUGAUGACCGAAAAGGCAUUUUGCAGCGGGAAGGUGGGAUUAUGAGUCUAAUUGAUCUCUGGGCUGUCUUUAAUCGGUCCCGUAAUGGUGUAGAAUUGGCCAGUCCUUCGGAUUUUCAGAAAGCAGCGGAGCUGUGGGAAAAGCUCAAGUUGCCAGUUCGUCUACGACGAUUCAAAAGUGGCCUUCUUGUGGUGCAGCGAUACGACUGGAGCGACGAGAAGACUAUUGAAAAACUUCAGGUCUGGAUGGAGGAGCUCCGGCGAGUCCCCCCGACGAUGCUGUUACCUGGGACUGGUCCCUCUUCGGUCGGGCCGUUACUGCACAAGAAGCUGCGCAUCGGUUCAAAUGGAGCGUCGGGGUGGCUGCCGAAGAGCUGGAGAUGGCUGAAGAUCGGGGGGUUCUCUGUCGAGAAGAAGGAAUUGAGGGUCUGCGCUUCUGGCGCAAUUAUAUGUCGUCCCGUGAGUAUAAUGAUCUCUCCCGCCUUGUUAUUUGAGACCAUGUGA